AUGGCUUUAUCAUAUAUUGUAUAUAAUUUAUUUUUAUUCUCCAUUGUACAUUCAAUUCCAAUGCCACCAACUAUAUUAAAUGAACCGAAUUCGGAAAUUAUUUUUGAUUCACGUAUUAACCUUGAAUUACCAUGUUUAGCACAGGGUAAUCCAACUCCGACGUAUUCAUGGACUAAAAAUGGGCAAUUGUAUGGGAUAAAUGCACAAAAUAAUCGUGUUACUAUGUCAAGUGAUUCAGGGACAUUAAGUUUUUUACAACCCGAAAGUCUUGAUCAAGGAUGGUAUCAAUGCAAUGCAACAAAUGAUUUAGGUACUGUAUUAACACGUAAAAUUCAUGUACGUUUAGCUGAACUUGGUGCUUUUCCUACACAAGAUAGACCUUCGAUAAUUCAAGUACGACGUGGUGAUUCAUUAACAAUUCCAUGUAAACCACCAAUUGCUAUACCUGAUCCAGAUGUAUAUUGGACAGAUAAUACGAAUGUAGCUAAUCAAUUUGGUUAUCGUGUAUCAAAUCCACGUAUACAACAAGAUUCUGAAGGAAACCUUUAUUUUCUUAAUGUAAAAGAUGAAGAUGAACAAAAACAAUAUGUAUGUAAUGUUUUUUCACGGAAAUUAAAUAUUAUUCGUCGUGGAGUAAUAACACAAUUAAAAAUUAUUAAAUCCGAUCCAAUUGAUCGUAUGCCAAAAAGAUUAUGGGCAACAGACGCAAAUAAAAUUGUUUUAAAAAGUCAAACAUUAUCAUUAAAAUGUAUUUUCGAUGGUUUACCAACACCCGGUGUUGUAUGGAGAAAAAUAUAUGGUAACCUACCUGAAAAACGUUCAUCAAUUAAUUUAGAAAAACAAGAAUUAAUUAUUACGGAUAUUCAAUAUGAAGAUGCUGGUAUUUAUGAAUGCCGAGGACAUAAUGAAUUGGGUUAUGAUCUUUUUAGUAUAAAUGUUCAAGUUGAAGCUGCUCCAUAUUGGAUAGAAAAACCAGAAGAUAUAAACAUAGGAGAAGGUGAAACAGUUGAUGUAAUUUGUAAUGUAGAUUCUCGACCAAUAGAACAAGAUAUUCAAUGGUUUAUAAAUGGUAUUCCAUUACAAGAUAGACGUAUUCCAUAUAAUCCACGUCGACGUGUUCGAAAAAAUCGAAUGAUUAUACAAAAUGUAACAAAAUCUGAUACAGCAGUUUAUCAAUGCAAUGUUUCUAAUAUACAUGGUUAUGUUUUUACAAAUUUCUUUGUGAAUAUCAUCUCGGGAAAACCAGAAAUUCAACGUGGACCGGAAGCACUUUAUCGUGUUGUGGAAGGAAAAAAUGUCGUUUUACCGUGUGAAUCAUUUGGUAUACCUACGCCUAAGGUCUAUUGGCGUAAACGUGAUCGAAUACUUACUAGUGGGAGAUACUCUGUCUCAAAAGAUGGUAAUUUAACUAUUCGAGAUGUAACAAUAUCUGAUAAUGGAAUUUAUAUUUGUAAUGCAACAAAUAAAUUUGGUUCAGCUGUUCGUAAUACAACAUUAAAUAUUAAAAAGAAAACACGUAUACAAACACGACCAAAUAAUUUAGAAUUACGACGAGGUACAAAUGCUAUAUUUCAAUGUACAGCUACGGCUGAUGAUUCAUUAAAAUCUAAUAUUGAUUGGUAUAAAGAUGGUCAAUUAUUAACUUAUACAGGUCGAUUUAUUAAAGAUAUAACAGAUCCAAAUACAUUAAAAAUUGUUGAUGUACAAUUUGAUGAUGCUGGUUCAUAUAUAUGUCGUGCACAUACAGAAAUUGAUUUUGAUGAAGCAAGUGCAACAUUAAUUGUACAAGAUCGACCAAAUAAACCUAAGAUAACUAAAAUUAAUUGUAAUGGAUCGAUAAAUCAACCAUUUGCUGUUGUUCAAUGGGAAGCAACAGGUGAUAAUUUUGCACGAAUAUUAUAUUAUGAAUUACAAUAUAAUACAUCAUUUCAAAUUAAUGAUUGGAUAUCUGUACCAAUUGAACAACGACGAGAAUCUUUUAACGAAGUUAAAUCACGAGAUGGUUCGAUUAAAUUAGAACCGAAAAUUACAACUUUUAAAACAACACAUCUUCCAUCAAAUCAAUAUAAUUUACUUGUAUCAUUAUCAUGUUGGGCAAAUUAUACGUUUCGUGUUAUUGCUUAUAACCGUGUUGGCGCAAGUGAUCCAAGUCCUAUAUCAGAAUCCAUGUGUACAACAACAACAUGUCGACCAAAAACAAAUCCUCUUGGUGUUAAAGCUUCGGCAACACAAUCUUCACCAUUAUUAAUUGAAUGGGAUAGUAUACCUGCAAUAAAAUGGGGUGCACCAAAAUUUUGGUAUGAAGUUGGUUGGCGUCAAUUGCCAACAGAUAAAAAACCUGACACAUUUUUAACUGAACGAGUAAAUCCACCACAACAUCAAUUUUCUAUACCAAAUCCAGUUUUGAGUAUGCGAUAUGAAUAUUAUGUUAAAGCAGUAAAUCAACAACCAGGAGAAGUCAAUAGUACGGAUGCUAGUGAACCUCCAGUAUAUAAUACCGCUUUUGCUGGUGAUUCAGAUCCAACAUAUGUUCCACGUAAUUUUCGUGUAUUACAUAUGCUUGAUAGUAGAACAAUACAAUUUGCAUGGGAUCCACCAUUACCAGCUGAUGAAGUUAAUAUUCGUGGUGUUAUUAAAGCUUAUCAGAUUGAAAUGUAUCGACUUGAUGAUCCAAAUAAUUCACGUCGUACUGUAUCAGGUAUAUUACCAAAUCAAACUUGGACAACUGUUUAUAAUGCACCACCAAAUGCAGAUGUUGGUGCGACUAUUUGUAUUGAAACAGAACGAUUUUUUGGACCAGAAAGUCCUCCUAUUCAAUUUCCUACACGAGAAGGUCCACCAGGGCCUGUUAUGAAUUUACGUGCUGUACCUUAUACUAGCAAUGGAAUUUUUUUACUUUGGGAUCCACCAGAAGAAACAAAUGGUGUUAUAAUUGGUUAUCAAAUUGAUUAUAAAACUCUUGAAGGUAUUGCUUCUCAACCUGAUAUUGAUCAACCUUCAAUAUUACUUCGUGAUGAUACUCGUCGUAAUUAUAUUCUUGGUAGUCUUAAACCAAAUACAAAAUAUCGUGUUCAAGUACGUGCACGAACAUCAAUUGGUUUAUCAACAAGUCCAUCUAUUAUUGAGCUUACAACAAAUAUUAGUGUUGUUCCAUCAAAACCAACAUUUACAGUCACUUAUCGUGGAACAACAUUCUUUAAUAUUUCCUUUGAUCCCACAACUAUGGCAGUUCCUGGUAGUGUUUAUUAUGUAGAAUAUAAAGAAAAUGAUAAAGAAGGUCAAGCCUUAUUUAAAAAAUCUUAUGUUGUAUCAAAUGAACGAAAUAUUCUUAUUAAUUCACUUGAACCGAGUAAAACAUAUACAACAAUAUUAAUUGCUGGUGAUGGUAUUGAUAGUGAAGUUAAAAGUGAUCCACAAAUGAUUACAACACUUAGCAAGGGUAUGUAUGUUUUCGUUUGA